UGUAGUAGUACUAUAUUUUUGUAAUCAACCUCAAUUUAAACCCCUCUCUUUUUCUCUCUCCAUACUCCACUCUCCCACCUUUUCUUCUCUCUGCAAAAACUCUGCAGCUCAGAUCUUCAUCUUCUUCAACCAAUCAAAACUUAGGGUUUCCCCAAUUCCACUUAAUUUAAACCCUAAUUCUUCGAAGCUCUUCAAGACUUCAACAAUGGCGAAAGGAAAGCUCGGUCGUACUCCACCUCGAAAGUCGUCAACGCCAUCGUCAACACUUGUAUUCUCAUUACUCCUAAUGUUAUCCGUCGUCGUUUUGAUUCUUCUUGCUCUUGGAAUUGUAUCGCUUCCUACCUCAAACUCUACUUCUCGUCCAGUUCAUGAUCUCAACAACAUUGUUCAUAGCACUGUACACAGAGUUGAAGUGAGUAAGGAAAAAGGUGAACAAUGGGUUGAGUUUCUAUCUUGGGAGCCUAGAGCUGUUGUUUACCAUAAUUUCUUGUCUAAGGAUGAGUGUGAGUAUCUCAUCAAACUUGCAUCACCUCACAUGGAAAAGUCAAAAGUUAUCGAUGAGAAAACCGGCAAGAGUAAAGACAGCAGGGUGCGUACUAGUUCAGGAACAUUCCUUCCUAGAGGCCGGGAUACAAUCAUCAGGGCCAUAGAGCAGAGAAUUGCGGAUUUCACUUUCCUUCCUGUAGAGCAUGGUGAAGGUCUUCAAGUUCUUCAUUACGAAGUUGGGCAGAAGUACGAGCCUCACUUUGACUACUUCUUGGAAGAUUAUAGCACUGUCACGGGCGGUCAACGGAUAGCCACAGUUCUCAUGUAUCUCUCUGAUGUUGAAGAAGGAGGUGAGACAGUAUUUCCUUCUGCAAAAGGAAAUAUCAGUGAUGUACCUUAUUGGAAUGAGUUAUCUAAAUGUGGUCAAGAAGGCCUUGCGGUCAAACCAAAGAUGGGUGAUGCUUUGUUGUUCUGGAGCUUGAAGCCUGAUGCUUCUCUGGACCCCUCAAGUUUACAUGCUGGUUGCCCAGUGAUUAGAGGAGAUAAGUGGUCAGCUACAAAAUGGAUCCGUGUCAAUGAAUACCACGUUUGAAUGCUCAACGGUCUUCUUAAGGUCAAAUUCAUUGACCAAUACAUAGUUGCUGUAUCCUGUGUAACAACUACCCAAUAGAUUGUUAGAUGUGCUGAAUCAUGAAGAGCCAACUUGACCAUAUCAAAAGGAAGCUUGCAAUUUUGAUGUAUCAAUUGUUUUUAUACUGUAUGUUUCCGAUACGCAAAUCUGUAUUAUCUAGUUUCUACACAUAGAAUAAAACUUGAAUACAAGUAUACAAUUAAUUGUAGAAGACCCUGAUUUUGCUUGUCAUUCACGAGCAAGCGAUCACUUACAUUUGGGGUUGCCCAAAAACUGAAAUAGAAAUCUGAGUUUGAUUUAUUAGUGAAAAUUUAGCUGUUCUUGUUUCUGUUA